CUAACCUAUCCCUUUCUCAUCUUCCUUUGCCAUCACUUCCUCUCUCCUUCCCCCAUUGGUUCCAUCGCCUUCUCCUUCAUCCUGCACCUCCAAUGCCCCGAUCUUUUGCCCUUUUCUCCCCUUCCCUCCCUAGCUUUCCCCUCCCAAAACAUGCACCGGCUAGUAGUCCACAAAUGACACACCACAAAUCCACAUGAACAAGCACCAUCAGCAAGGAUAAAUUAACAAAGGAGAAAAGAAACACCAAGCAAGUUUCAGCUAGCUCCUCCUUCUCCUCUCCGCGCAUCCCAAAAACCAUUCUUUACUCUCCUACAAGAAAACAAGCACCACAAACCCUAAAGAAACACACACACACACACAUCACUUCUCUUCCUCUCCGGCCUUCUUCUCUUCCUACUGUUCUCAUCAUCAUCACCACCACCACCACUUCUCCUCUUGCAUCUCCAAUUGUUAAUAUUUUCGAUGGCAGGCCUGGAUUUGGGCACCAACUCCUAUCUGCACCACCACCAGGCCCUCCACCUCCACCACGAUGACGGCGGCGCCGGGGGAUCCGACGACGGCCAGGACUCGCUGUCCCCGGGGAGCGGAGGCGGCGGCCCGACGAGCAUGGCUGGAGGCGCGGGCAUCGGCGGCGGGGAGGUCGUCGCGCGCCGCCCUCGCGGCCGGCCGGCGGGGUCCAAGAACAAACCCAAGCCGCCGGUGAUCAUCACCAGGGAGAGCGCCAACGCGCUACGGGCGCACAUCCUCGAGGUCGCUGCCGGGUGCGAUGUCUUCGAGGCGCUCACCGCCUACGCGCGCCGCCGGCAGCGCGGCGUCUGCGUGCUCUCGGCGGCUGGAACCGUCGCCAACGUCACGCUGCGGCACCCGCAGUCGUCCCAGACCGGGCCCGCCUCGCCAGCGGUGGCGACGCUCCACGGCAGGUUCGAGAUACUCUCCCUCGCUGGCUCCUUCCUCCCGCCCCCGGCGCCGCCUGGGGCCACCAGCCUCGCGGCCUUCCUGGCCGGGGGGCAGGGGCAGGUUGUCGGCGGCAGCGUGGCCGGUGCGCUCAUCGCCGCGGGGCCGGUGGUCGUCGUGGCCGCGUCGUUCAGCAACGUCGCCUACGAGAGGCUGCCGCUCGAGGAAGGCGACGAGUUGGUCCCUCCAGCGCCUGAGGGAAGCGACCAAGCUGGUUUGCCGUUCGGCGGUGACCCCUCGGCCGCCGUGGCCGCUGGUGGGCUUCCGUUCUUCAACCUGCCGCUGGGGAUGCCGCCAAUGCCGGUGGACGGGCACUCCGGCUGGCUUGGCGCCCCUGGCGGCGGCGUCGGGGGUCCGCCCUUCUCUUGAUGGAUCCCAUCCGGUGCGCGCGAGGACAUGGACAUGAACAACAACCAAGUAGCAUCUCUCUCUCUCUCUCUCUCUCUCUCUCUCUCUCUCUCUCUCUCUCUCUCUCUCUCUCUCUCUCUCUCUCUCUCUCUGUCUCUCUGACUCUGUCUCUGCCUGUCUGUCUUUCUCUUGUUCUCUCUCUUGUGCCGUUGUGAUCUCGAUCUGAUGUUUUUGGUGUUAACCUGUAUGGGCACUCGAUUUGUUAAUUGUUGAUCAGUCGGCCGGGUGUCUCUGUUAAAUUUGGACUAUGUUCAGUAUGUUGUGACUUGUGAGGACAGGCACUCAUAAAUUGACCAAAAUUAAUGUUGUUUAUGUUUCGGAAUCGAUGUUCGAGUUACUUUUAGUAAGACACAUGAAUUCUUGUUGUGGUGGGAAACCAAAGCUUGGCUUUUUAGUCCGUCGAUUCCACUCCCUCUUUGUUUGCAAAUACUAAGCUUUGAUUUGUAUUUGUUUCUUUCUUUCUUUUCUAAUCAGUACUUAUUGUUUCAUGUUGCUUACAUCUUAUAUAUAUUUUAAAUCAACAUUGUUGCAUGGUGUUUUCUUGCAAUGGAUCCAUAUAUAUAGCUCUUCAUACUAGACAACAUGAAAAUUUCUUUCUUUUGCUUUUGCGUGUAUAAUUUUACUUUUUCUUAUAUUGUUCUCUCAAAUGGGUACAAUUAAGUACGGUGUUGCUCAUGAGCAUUGCGCGAAGAACCAGCUAUAUAUAUUUUCCUUCUGUUCUUUAUCAACCUUUUGUAUAUUAGUUAACCUGGAUAGAUUAUUGGACGAAAUAAAUAGUUAAUUAGAAUUAGCUGAUGAAGUAUGCAAGAAGGAAAAGAAAGAUGUUUCGUUUAGUUGAUUCAAACUUUUCCUUAGAUUAGGGAAAGUGAUAGAUAGCCAGGGAAGAGUGUUGCUUCUUUUUCCUGCACUGUAUUAGUAAGCCUUGAUCUUGCUCAAAAGAAAGGUAGGGUACAGCUAGAUCAACUAAUGUAAGAAGCAAAAAAGGUGUGAGUUCAUAACACUACAAUACAUUGUACA